AUGUCAGCCCAGGAGUGGAAAGACAAGGGCAACGCUGCCCUCAAAGCCGGUGAUUUCGAAGAAGCCAUUUCAUCGUACACCAAGGCCAUCGAUCUGGAUCCUAGCAACCACGUGUUCUUCUCCAACCGCAGUGCUGCUCAUCUUUCAAACGACAACGCUGAGCAAGCGCUCGCAGACGCCGAGUCGUGCAUCAAGGUCAACGGCUCCUGGGCGAAGGGUUUCACGCGAAAGGGGGCUGCUUUGCACAAACUCAAGCGGUACGAAGAGGCGGCGGAAGCCUACGAGGAAGGCUUGGAGACCUCACCAGGAGAUGCGGCGUUGGGACGCGGACUCCAGGACGUCCUGAAAGCAAAAUCAGCAGCGAGCAAGGCCCCUGCUGCAGGUGGAAUGGGCGGCAUGGGCGGUAUGGGCGGGAACAACCCAAUUGCGAACGCGUUCGGUUCAGACAUGAUGGCGAGGCUGGCCGCUGAACCAAAGUUCGUACCGUACUUGGCGGACCCGUCGUUCGUUGCCAAGCUCAAGAUGCUGCAGCAGGACCCCAACAACAUGCAGAUGCAUCUGUCAGACCCGCGAAUCAUGGAGGUGUUCGGUUUCCUUUUGGGCAUCGACCUUAAGGGAAUGAGUGCUGGGGCCGGCGGCGACGAGAAGGACGGCCAAGACCAGAUGAGGGAUAUCCCAACCCCUCCGCAAGCCACACCCCAAGCGCAGGCCGAAGCAAAGCCAGCAGAAAAAGAGCAAGAGGAGGAGAAUGAGGAGAAGGCCGACCCAGACGAGAGCGAGGAGGAGGCAGCGGCUAGGAAAAAAAGGAAGGCUGAUCAAGCUGCAGCCCUCGUCGCCAAGAAAAAGGGAAACGAGCUGUACUCAGCGAAGAACUUUCCAGAGGCUCUCGAAGCGUAUGGGCAGGCCAUCGAGCUGGACAACACCAACAUGUCCUUCCUAUCGAACAGAGCUGCUGUGUUCUUCGAACAGAAGGAGUACGAGGCGUGCAUCGCCGAGUGCAAGAAGGCAGUGGGUGUUGGAAGGGUGAACCGUGCGGGGUUCGCCGACAUUGGCAAAGCGUACGCACGUAUGGCGAAGGCAUCUUCGAGGAUGGGAGACAAAAGCCAGGCCAUAGCUUAUCUCGAGGACGCUCAGAUGGAAAUGUACACCAAGGAGAACGAACGUCUCAUCAAGACUCUCCAGCUUGAGGCUCGCAAAGAGGCGGCGGCCAAAUACGUUGAUCCUGAGAAAGCGUUGGAGGCAAAGGAGCGGGGCAACGAGCAGUUCCGGGCGGGCCAAUGGGCUCUAGCCAUCAGCGAGUACGAGGAGGCGGUCAAGCGUGACCCCACCAACGCAGCCUACCGCAACAACCUGGCGGCUGCGCUGACCAAGAUUGGCGAUUUCAACGCGGCGAAGGCUGCAUGCGAAAAGGCCUUGGAGCUUGACUCGAAGUACGUGAAGGCAUGGGCUAAGAAGGGGGACAUCGAGUUCUUCAUGAAAGAGUACCACAAGGCAUUGGACAGCUACAAGAUGGGCUUGACGGUGGAGCCAAACAACUCACUGUGCGUGGAUGGAGUACGGAAGACGACCGUCAAAAUCAAUGAGGGCUCAGGAAAAGCGGAUUCCGAGAGAGCAGCGCACGCCAUGGCUGACCCGGAGAUCCAGAUGAUUCUCACGGAUCCGGUGGUUCGGCAAGUCCUCAACGACUUCAAGGACAAUCCGAAGGAGGCGCGAAAGGCUCUCGGAAACGCCGACAUGCGGGCGAAGAUCGACAAGCUCGUGGCAGCAGGCGUUGUCCAAGUUGCUUGAGGAAGCGUCCCGUUGCCUGACAUCUUGUCCGAUCUUGUCCGAUAUUAUUUCAAAGCACCGCUUGGUGCAGGUUAGCGACUAUUUGGACUGCCUGUUUAUCUACACCGUUCUUUCUGCUCUUUCGCGGGGGCCACCUGGAUGGUGCUCUUGCGAACUUGAGCUAGUGUCCAUUAGAGGGUCGUAAACGGCACCUGGGAUUGUUGUUUCUCUGAACACGACGGUAUAUGCCGUGGCACCCAUCCCUGGAAGCAGCACUCUUGAAAUUUCGCCCUAGUCAGUCUACAACUCGAGCAGAGGUAUGCAGCGAUUUUGGUUCAUGAUCGGUUCAGUGCUUCAUGAUCGGUUCAGAUAUGGUCUUUCAUCGGUGAUUUCUGCGAGGCUUGUCGUCGUUACAGUAGUCCAUCAUACGUAUGAGUGACGAUGAGGCAUUUUGUUGUGUUUGUGGAUUUGAGCGAACCAGUUGAUUCUGGAAAGACGAGAGAAGCGUACGCAACGUCACAGAAGGACAAACAACCGUUCGAGAC